GUGAUCUGUGGCAUCCAUACAUCAACACUCUAUUCCCUACCGUUUAUACCCCUAGCGGCACGCUACCUGUCCAUCUGUCACGAAGUAAACCGGUACCAGUACAAAAACAUAACCUUUGCCACUACCCCUGACAGUCAUUUGAAUCACUGUGUGCUUCUUGCUAGCGUCAGCUGCUGAGAUGGCAUUCCGCCGCGCGCCGAUGCUUCUUUGCAUUGUCGCGCUCCUCCUUUCUUGCACAUGCGGCCUAUCGGAGGAAGUAACUUCAAGGAAUGUGCGUUCACAUACGCGAGUGCUACGCUCAACGACGUCUAAUCACAGCAUCCAGACAAGCCGCUUUCUAAACAAGCUUGCCAAGAGCCGCCGUGCGCUACAGGAAGCGCCACGCCUGCUUCCUUCUCCUGUUUCAGUCUCCUUUGCAGUCGACUUGAAUGGACAGGAUUCCCCGGCCUUUGAGUGCGACUCCGUCUUCGCUGAUGCUUUCCAAAGCCAGCAGCUUUCCAACGCUAUCAGCAGCGCCCUCAUCUCAGUACUAAACCUAGGCCCAGAUAACCUCAAGCUUGCUAUGGUCUCAUCUUCUUCUUGCUCCAAGGUUUCAGUCCCUGGCCGGAACCAACAGGCGGUUCUUCGUAUUCUAGCAGACGUUUCUCUCGUUCUUUCCAGCGCUUCGCUUGAAGCGCAAAUGAACGCCGCCCUGAGCGCGCCCGAAUCGAUGGAGGCCUUGGGCACUGCCGUGGAGGUGUUUUGGAACAAGUGGGUGCGUGACGCCCCAGCAUCUUCUCACAAGGCCUGGAUUCCUGCUACCGAGUCCAUGGAUUCCCAACCCGGCGUUAUCGCCAGCAUGCCGCUUGCCCCUCCUCCCAUGGCGCCGUCAUCUCUUCCCGUCAUGCCCUUGGCGCCACCUCCCCAGCGACCAUCUGCCACCGGCCCCUACCCUCCUUCCCCUUCGGACACCACGCCAGCAAGCUAUCCCGCUCGCCCGCCUGCCUACCACGAGCCUCUCAGCUACGGGCCUCCUCCUGUCUAUGGACACUACUCUGCUCAGCCACCUGUGUACGGUCAGCCCCCAGUCUAUGCUUAGCCGUCCGCUUCCUUCAUCACAUCAUCCAUACAUGCACGUUGACGUUUGACGUAGCAGUUUGCUGACCGCUGGGCUGGUUUUUGCGCACAUGGCAAGGGAUUGACACUGUUGCAGGUGCUGGCUUCUGUUUCCAUGUGGGUCGGGUUGGGGCCUUGGUUGUUGUUGACUGGGAUGGUAGGCUAGGGUUGGGCUGUUGAUGCUUGGGAAUUGCUGUGGGCAUAUCUUUUACUCGUAUUGGAGAGGGAUUUAUGAGGAUCUUGUCUUGCGUUGACAGACCGCAGGGGUCGGUUGCCAUGCAUUCUGACGGUGUGUGUUGAUCCUUGCAGGUUAGGUAGGCCAGUCAAGAGUGCGCUGCGUGCAGUGUUCUUCCCGCCUAUUUUUAUAACAAGUGACCGGACAUAUAAACGUACGAUGGAAUCAUGCGGGAUAGCACUAUACAUUUCAAACGUGUGUGUUAAGAAAACUGGCCGCGAGUAGGAACUGGCCGUGUGUGUGUGGGGGGUUUAUCCCACAUGAGUAUCUUCUUUGUGCACGUGUACUUGCAGCACUGCCGUGCGCCCACUGGCGCUUAUAAGAAUUUGUACCUUGUCUUGCCGUUACACUGUUGUGUCAUUCUUGUUAGCUGGCGUCAUUAUGCGUCAAAACUUGAGAGGGACAGAGGAUAUGAAGGGUUGUUGCCCGUGGCUUAUAUGCGGGGUUUCUUGCCCAAAGGACGUUAUUUUCAUGGCUCUUGUGCAACGUUUCAGGUUCUUCACUCUGCUAAUGCUAUUACUAAGCGUGCGAAUCUUGCUACAGCUAUGCCCUGAUUAGCGUGUGUGCUGUUCUCUUUUUAUUACUUUUUGGGUUAUGAGCGCUGUCAUAUUCUUUGGAUACCUUGGGUGUCGGUCAGAUUGGUUCUUGUGUCUUUUAGGGGCUAUUACGGGGCACUGCACGGCGUUGCACUUGUGAAGAGGUUGCUUAAGCAGGGUCGUUGCCCAAAGUUGCCGUGCGUUCAAGGUGUCUGUUCAUGUCCUAGCUCAUCUGUGCCAAAACAUCGAGUGGACCACAAAAAUAUUGGAAAACAUUUGUCGCCUCGCAACAACAAUGCACGUUGUAACCGAUAUACAUGCU